AUGUCCGAGUUCUUCCGCCGUGCGCUCUCGCAGCUGCUGAACGAAGCGGCCGUCAAGUCGCUCGCCAACAACAAGUCGUUCCAGAACUUUGCGCUCAAGACGCACCUCCACGUGGAGAAGACCAAGGCCGCCAUGAACAACCUCGACGUCGACAAGGUCGCGGCCGCCACCAAGAGCCUGCCGAACGUCAACAAGUUCACCGAGUUUGCCAACGCGGUCAAAGCAGAGCUACAGAAGGACGUGCGUAAAUUCAAAUAG